UCAGUGUGUUAGGCCCUAAACCAAAAAGCUUCAAACCAUUGGCGUUGGAGUUAUAAUUACUAGUUAGGGCCGAAAGCUCAUGGCGGCGUACCGUAUACCCUAUAUAACGAGGAAGAGGAAAGGGAUAGAAUCGAUAUCGUCUCAAGCUAUCAUCAAAAAUCAAUAUCUGAGAUAAUUGUUUUGUGAGAAAGAAAAAGGAAAUGUCUGGAGUUGGACCAAUCACACAGGACUGGGAACCAGUGGUAAUCCGCAAGAAGGCUCCCAACGCCGCCGCGAAGAAGGAUGAGAAGGUUGUCAACGCCGCUCGCCGUUCCGGUGCCGAGAUUGAAACUCUAAAAAAAUCAAAUGCUGGUACAAACAAAGCCGCCUCAAGCAGCACUUCUUUAAACACAAGAAAGCUUGAUGAAGAAACAGAGAACCUAACUCACGAUCGAGUGCCAAGCGAACUGAAGAAAGCCAUCAUGCAGGCUCGAACGGACAAGAAGCUUACCCAGGCCCAACUUGCUCAAUUGAUCAAUGAGAAGCCCCAGAUAAUACAAGAGUACGAGUCUGGAAAAGCAAUUCCAAAUCAACAGAUAAUAGGCAAACUGGAGAGAGCUCUUGGUGUGAAGCUGCGAGGGAAGAAAUAAACUGUGACUUUGAACACAGAUGGGAGCUAUAAAGUAACGAAAGUGUCUAUGAUCUUAAAAUUGGUGGUGUAAAUGAACUUUUUCUACCAUCAUUAUGGCUUGCAUGUAAAAUCCAUGGUCUUGAUUUGUGUGGAGAGUUGUGAUAUGUUGAGUUGGAAUUUGAUUUGUGCCUUUGUUCAUGCGUGCAUGAUGUUGUCCUCAUGAGUUUACGGUUGUUUCUGCACACUUGUAUGUGUUUGAGAUGGGUCGAGCAACUGCUUUUAAAUUUUCUAAAUCAAGGUAUCGUGUUUAUUUUUA